GACGCCCCGGCCGGCUACUUCUUCUUCCGCAGUCCGCCGGCGGCUCAGUCCAGGCCUGCUCCGGGGGUGCAUCGGCUUCGCCAGCGGCAGAGGGAUUCUGGGUAACGACCGUGGCCGGCGGGGCGGCUGGCUCCGCCCAGCAGGUUCCACUCACGCCAGGGCCGUUGGCGGUGGCGGUUGUCCGGCCCGGACCAGUGGGACAUGGAGCAGCCGUGGCCGCCACCGGGCCCCUGGAGCUUCCCGAGGACUGGCGGGGAGACCGAGGAGGAGAGUGACUUAGACGUGUCCCCCUCUUCUUCCCACUACUCUCCGGUAGCGGACGGCGGCGCCCAGAUAUAUAGCCAUGGGAUUGAGCUGGCUUGCCAAAAGCAGAAAGAAUUUGUGAAGAGCUCUGUUGCGUGCAAAUGGAAUCUUGCUGAAGCCCAGCAGAAACUUGGCAGCUUAGCACUGCAUAACUCUGAGUCCUUGGAUCAGGAACAUGCCAAAGCACAGACCGCGGUGUCAGAACUGAGGCAGCGGGAAGAAGAAUGGCGACAGAAAGAGGAGGCUCUGGUCCAAAGAGAGAGGAUGUGUCUCUGGAACAUGGAUGCCAUUAGCAAGGAUGUUUUUAAUAAGAGUUUUAUUAAUCAAGAUAAAAGAAAAACAGAAGAUGAAGAUAAAUCACAAUCAUUUAUGCAGAAAUAUGAGCAAAAAAUCAGACAUUUUGGUAUGUUGAGUCGAUGGGAUGAUAGCCAGAGAUUUUUGUCUGAGCACCCACACCUUGUAUGUGAGGAAACUGCUAAAUAUCUUAUUUUAUGGAGCUUUCACCUAGAAGCUGAGCAGAAAGGCGCUCUAAUGGAGCAGAUAGCACAUCAAGCUGUUGUAAUGCAGUUUAUUAUGGAAAUGGCCAAAAACUGGAAUGUGGAUCCAAGAGGCUGUUUUCGUUUGUUUUUCCAGAAAGCCAAAGCAGAGGAAGAAGGUUAUUUUGAAGCAUUCAAAAAUGAACUUGAAGCUUUCAAGUCAAGAGUAAGACUUUACGCUCAAUCACAAAGCUUUCAACCUGUGACAGUUCAGAAUCAUGUUCCCCAUUCUGGUGUUGGAUGCAUAGGCUCCUUAGAAUCCUUAUCACAGGUCAACAUUUCGAGGCCGAGAACAAACCAUCAAGAUAAAAGGAGGAAGAAUGUUCUGGAGAGAGAAUGGAAAGAUCCAAAGAAAGGGCGCUGAAGAGAGGAAUGCUUGGAAAGCAGUCUGGAAGUCACGAGUCUGGAGCAAACAAAUGAGGAGAUAACCAGAGAGUGUGGGAGGUCGAGAGAGUCCACGUCCCUCAAGGCCUUAUCAGCUGCUGGGGCCAAGUGGGAUUGUCUAAAGAUGGCCGAGGCUCGCACCCAAUUUAGAGACCCGGUGCUCUUCCUGUGUGCUGUUUCUGUCACUUCCCGACUGAAGAUGCCAACUUCUGAACUGCGUCGACUCAUGUGACUGUUCUAACGAGCUGAGUAAGGAUAGGCCCUGAAGGAUGAAGCAGCUUUGGUUUUCUGACUGUUUGGCUGCAACACUCAAUUUGGAAACCUGCAGUAGCUGGGUAAGGAGUCUGACUAGCCAGGACACAGCAAUGUACGAAAGCCUAGCCCAUGUGGAGAAGCCCCAUAAAGAGAGACACACACAACCCACCGCUAGCUAAAACCAUCCAGCUGCCCUGUGGUUAAAACCAACCAAAUGCCCUAUGAUAAAAGACAAUGAUCGUGAUGGUUUUAAGUGUCAAUGUGAGCAAGCGUGCCGUGGCACAAGUCGUGAGAACUGGGUAGCCAGAUGUGACGAGACCCACCUUUAAUCUCAGCACUUGGGAGACAGAGGCAGGCAGAUCUCUCUGAGUUCCAGGCCAGCCAGGACUACAUAGUGGGAUCCUGCCAGACAAGAUGUGCCCAUGAGACGAAAAUGGAAUAGUUGUUAUGGGAGUAACCAACUAUUUCAUCUUUGAUUUUGAGACUAACUCUACAAGAGGGGAUUCAUGCCUGGCACUAUAAAUCUGGUCAAAAGUCUACGGCUUGAGGAGGUUGUAGGCCCUACUUGGGGAAGCUCCUGCUGCUCAUUUGUUAAAUGGACAUGUCAUCAAACUGCCUUCUAAAUAUGCUUGUACUCAUAGGUAAAUGGCACUCUCACCGUUGGCCAAAGAAAUUUCUUUGUGCAGUAACAGUCCAUGCCAACACACAUAACUACCUAAGAGUGCUGGGAAAAGGUGUGUUGGGUGCCCACCUCUAAUUGUGACAUCUCUAUCAACCUCCCCGAGGCUCCAGGGACUUCGUGGAAGAGGGGAAAGAAAUCAAGCAGAUAGAGCUGGAGGGCGGGGAGGAGUGCUAUGAAAUGCUGUCCUCUGGACACGAAGUGACCGUUGUACUCAUGAACUCCGGGCAGCUGUGCUUAUCUGCAUAAGAUCUGCACAAGAUUAAGCCAGUCAGCAUGAGCUGGGAAGAGGGGUCAUAACCCUCAACCCCAGCUAAGAAACUAUUAACAGUUAACAGCAGCUGAGGGAGGAGCACAUAUGGUGGGUGGAAGGUGGACGGGGCGGGGCUUUCUAGUAGGCUGAAUGACCCAACACCCAGGAACAUUCAGGCAGUACUAAUUGGAGUCUGUAGGGGUCAUGAAGGGGGGGGUAUGUUAGUGGUAGGAGCCCAGAGAGCUAGGAAAGGGGUAUUUAGUUGUUCUUGGAUACAUUCAAAAUUCAUUGUAAACAUCUAUAACAUCUGACUCUAUCUUGUGUUCUGUAACAUGCUGCUUGAAACUAGACAAUUUAAAGAAAAGAAAUGAGUUGUCUCAGAAA